AUGUGCCCCGUCGACGGUUUUGCAACUCUGCCCAGGAAACCACAGCAUUCCCUUGUCAGAAUUAUAACCGCUUUCGACACAAAAGUGUUUAUUGAGCUGAAACAUCUAGCCACACCCGUGCACUUGCUGCUUUUGUGCUUUUAUGCUCAGGUUAAAAAGAUUGCAGUCACUUUGGAUGAAAUGAAGGUCAAGUUGACCUCUGUCCAGUCGAAGAUAACCUCUCUGGAAGCCAGAUUCACCGCAGUCUAUGGUGACGAUACACUUCUGUCCGCUGCAGAGCCUCCCAAAGCUGGGAGCGGCGAAAAAUCAUGCUUCCCUUCGCGUAGUAAACACUCCUUUGCGCUGAAUAGUUCACGAUUUUGGGCCAGCAGACGUCUAGCCUGUCGCUUGGCAGCAGAAAAGCUGCAACAGGAUGAAGGGAAAACUAAUUGUACUCUGACCCUGCCCGCUCUUCCCCCACCACCCCCCGCCUCCACACCUGGUGCCGUACCAGCUCGCAGAUCUCGCCGUUUCGUCGCUAAUGGAGGCUUCGGUGGUGAGCAAACCGCGCCUGUGACGAAGGCCAAAAUCGCCAAGCUCCUCAUGAACGCGCGACUUGAAAUGGCUGCAGAGGAGAAGGAACGUCUCGAAGUUCAGGCAUCUGGUUCGGCCUCGUCCAGUGAGGAUGCAAAAUCUAUUCAAUCAAUCGAUCAGCAGCCCAACUUGUCCAGUUGCCUGCUGGGUGUUCAAGAUGAGGCUGCAGCGCUGCCGCCCAUCCUACCACUCUUGAGCGCCACAAACGGAGGAGGAGGAGGAGGAGGAAGAGAAGUGGGCAAACUUCCAAUGGCGUUGGGAGCGGGUGUCGAUGAGGGAAUGGUGGUAUCGACGUUGGGAAACCGUGAGAGUCCCCGCAAGUCAGCCGUGACGGGAGAGAGAACGCCGUCGGCUUCCUCCGCCUCCCCUUCAACGCUCCCACAGCUACCGCCCAUCCCGGCCAAGUAUCGCCGGCCCAUGCUUCUCGACACCUCAGAGAUUGCCCGCCAGACCAAGGACAUGCUACUCAAGUGCGCCAUCAGUCAGCGCUCUUUCGGUCUCUCGCAAGGAAGUGUGUCAGAUCUCCUAACUAGGCCGAAACCUUGGUCAAUGCUUACCAACAAGGGCCGGGAACCGUUCAUUCGUAUGAAACUUUUUUUGGAAAAUCCACGCUCUUUGAAUGGCUUUGAGUACAGAGAGUUAUGCUACCAACUACCAUGA